AUGGCGCAGUAUCCGGCAUACCCACCGCCUCAAGUGCAUCCAGGAAUGGGCAUGGCCGCUGGCUCAUACGGCCAGCCGCAGUUCAACUUCGGGCACUAUCCCGGCCCAGGAAUGCAUCACUUUGUAGGCCAAGGUUCGCCACCUGGAGAAACCACCAACCCGAGGACUCUGAAGAAGAAGGCCAGGAAGGCGAAAUGGCGCGAGGCGCGCAGGCGCGAACAGGAGGGUGGCAUGCGUCUUGGCAAUCCCCAGCAACCGCCAAUAGACGAGGACGAGCAGCGCCAGCGUCAGAUGAGGAACAACCGGGAGCGCAGGCGGGAGCCCAGCGAAGACGCUGAAGUUGCAGACAUGGCAAGGAAUCUCAAUGAGUUGCAAGCGGAAGUCAGGCGCCUUCGGGAGGAACAAGUAGCAAUCCAACGCGAGGCAGAGACUAGUGGAUGGAUGGCGGGAGCUCAAGGCCGGGAAAUCGACCCUCAAUCUCACGCGCCUGAGCUCAGCAUGCGGCAGAACGGACAGCUUCUCCACUGGCCCAACCGGCUAAUCUAUGCGGCCACCGGGACAGUCAACAGGGGUGCCAUCCAGCCUAUAAUGGGCCACAAUCAGAGGCACCAAGAAUUUUGGGAUGCUGAUCGAGAGCCUGGGUCUGGUCCGCCUGUAAUAGGCCGCAGUCAGAGGCGCCAAGACCUCUGGGAUGCUGAGGAGGAAAUGUCCCUCAGUCCGAUACCGGACCCUCGAGGUUGA